AGUUGCCCGCAAGGCUCAUCAAUACAAUUCUAAAUUUCAUGCAACUAAGCACCAUACCCCUUCGAUUGUUGCAUCCCCGCAACAAGUAAAAUUAGAUAUUUGACGUGUUAUAAUCAUUCUUACGGUAAGAGCUCACGUACUCUGAUAAAGAUUUCACAAGUGCACAACGAAAGUCGACACACGUAGCUUGAUUUUGGUAUAGUUCCUUGGUGCGACCAGGGAACGAAACGGGCAAAAUUUUGCGGCAACGCAAGCAACGGAGUACCAACAUCAGGGCACGGAGACCGCACGCGCUCACCAGCCCUCUCCCUUCGCAGCUUUCGGUGAUCCAGGUCCGGCUGAACGCACCAGGAAGCAGAAGAAGAAACAUGGACGGCACAGCACCGAGGUCACCGCCGCGGUCCGCAAGGCCGGUGGUCGUGGCAAAUAAGCCCCCGCGCGAGUUUCGAAAAGUCUUUUCCGACGCGGUGUUCCGGUGGGGUAGUUUGUUCUUUUCGCUGAACUCGAUUUUGGAGGGCAUGGCCCUGCUUUUCGUGCUGUACUCGCAGAAGCAGCGGGAUCGGCCGAAUUCGGUGCUGUUCAGCACGCGCCAGAACAGGAUAAGCCCGCUGCUCGCGUGGGCGCUGGCGAUCAUCUGCUCCGUCCGGGCGGCCUGCCUGGCCUACGUGUUCUACCAGGGUUUGUGGCGGCGACACCAGCGGCCCCUGUUCGUGGUCAGCUUGAGCGGUUUCAUCUUCUUGCUGGCCUUUCACCUGUUCGAGGUCCCGAAGAAAAUCGACCGCGCCACGGGCAGACGCUUCACGGACUGGGAAAGUUACAGGCACGACCUCUUUCUCUACGUCGACGUAGUCGGCUUCGUCUUCACCCUGGCCGCCAGCAUCGUCGUCACGGCGCGCAUUCGACAGGUCGAUAACGCCAAGGAGGUACUUACUUAUGAUGGAUUUGUGCAGCUGGUGUGGCUUUUGCGAUCAUACAGUAGCACCAGAGAGAAAUGAUAAGUCAAGGCUGUUUAUGUUCUGCUAGGAAGGUGUGUUGGAUGUUGUCUUCAAUUUAUUGGUUACGAUCACGCAGCACAACAUGGAAUAUCACGAUGUUGCCCAAAAAAAUACAGCUUCGCGCCCUGAGAAAAGCUAAGACCGCGGCGGGCCCGGCACAGACGGGUGCAUACGCUACUAUGGACAGAAGUUCCCCCGUCGAGCGCAUUGAGCGGCUCUCGCCUGACGCUCCUCGCCUGACGGCUCUCGCCUGGCGCAUGCAGCCGCAACUCGCCGCGCAACCGUUCUUAACGGGCGACAGUAGGGACACGCUAGCGAUAGCCCUUUCCAGUGAGGGGGCGGAGAGCGACACCGCCGGUGGUGCAAACGCAAACUUGCAGGCGUCUGAGGCAGUCCCUAGAAGUUCCCAAGGCACUCUUCGAGUUGGAACUCUGCAGGGCUUUCAGAGAACCGUCACGUUGAAAAAAAUGCGGAGCCGAGGACCGCCUCAAGAAGUCAGAUCACCUGAAGAAGUCAGACCUCCACCUCAAGAAGUGUAGAACUAGCUCCAUACAUACGUUAUCGUUACUUUUUUGUGCAUUUCUAGAAUUAGGUACAAGUAGGCUCAUGCAAUAUCCAAAACCAUAGAGGUAUAUCGGUUGUUAUUCCACUUGAAUAAUUAGUCCCGAAGUUUUAGGCAACAUACCCUGUUGCGAUACCAUAGAUAGAAGAAAACACCCCUCUUCAACACCGGGAUGGAAAAAGUUGCACACUUUGCAGCAUUCUCUAUCGCCGGUGCUAGAUAAAAUACGCGGUUGUAGAGAUCUUGUCUCACCGCGACACUAAACUACUUGCUAGCACAAAUUUCAUACCAUCGUUUUCUGCUUCUAGAAAUUUCAGCUCCUCCCUCGACGCACAUAUUCAGAGAAAAGCAGUUAACCUAUACCAGGACGAUGCGAAGACCUGCCUAUUUACCCAUAGGCUCAGGUUGAAGCAAAAAAGAGAAGGUAGUCUAGUCCCACAAAUUACAAAGAAAUAUUUUACAUAUUUUAUCAAUUUUACGCUCUUUUUCUUUCGCGAAAUCAUUUGACUUUUUACGACGAAUAAAGUCCGAAGGCGAGGUGAACAAUCACAAUCCAAAAACAAACCGCAAAUCACACAGCUGGAGAAGUAAAAAGGCACUCGCAU